GAUGGCGGCGGAGAACCACUGUGAGUUCCCGGUGCCCCCGGCCGGCGGCCUCGGCGCGGGCGGGCCCUGCCGUCGGUGUAGCUCGGCGCCGCUGCCCGGCGCGGGGCCCGGCAAGUGGGUCAGGCUGAACGUGGGGGGCACCUGCUUUCUGACCACUCGACAGACGCUCUGCCGGGACCCUAAGUCCUUCCUCUUCCGCCUCUGCCAGGCCGACCCCGACCUGGACUCGGACAAGGAUGAAACAGGUGCCUAUUUAAUAGACAGAGACCCAACCUACUUUGGGCCAGUGCUGAACUAUCUCAGACACGGAAAGCUGGUUAUUAACAAGGACCUAGCUGAGGAAGGUGUACUGGAGGAGGCUGAAUUCUACAAUAUCACAUCUCUAAUAAAACUGGUAAAGGACAAAAUAAGAGAAAGAGACAGCAGAAUCUCUCAGGUGCCAGUCAAACAUGUAUACAGAGUGCUGCAGUGUCAGGAAGAGGAACUCACUCAAAUGGUUUCCACAAUGUCCGAUGGCUGGAAAUUUGAACAGCUUGUCAGUAUAGGUUCCCAGUACAGCUGUGGCCGGGCUCAGCAGUCAGAGUUUCUGCUGAUAGUGUCACGGGAAGUGAAAGGGGAAGAGAGAUGCUUCCAGAAAUGCUGCAGUGAGCUGGUCAGUAUUGGUUCUUCCUAUAACUAUGGCAAUGAAGAUCAGGCUGAAUUUCUGUGUGUUGUCUCAAAGGAAUUGCAUAACACUCCUUACGGCACAACCAGUGAACCCAGUGAAAAAGCAAAGAUUUUGCAAGAACGAGGUUCCAGGAUGUGAAGACAGUAUUGAACGAUGACAAUUUUUUUCUUUUAUUCGAAGAUGCAGUGAAUUGUCACACUGAAGAGGCUUGGCUGCAAAAGAAAAAAUCUGAUUUAGACAAUUUUCUGUUAAUCUGGGUUCAACCAUAUUUGCCUAUAAACUGGUGUCAACUUCUGGAAGCAUUGCAAGAUUACAUAAUGGGAAUAGAUGGUGUGGGAAUGUGUGUUAAGUUUUGGUUACAGUGCAUGGUUUUGCUCUCUUGUUGGCUUAUUGACAAUGGUCGUUUGAAAAGAAAUGACCAUGCACUCAUAUUUUCCUCGGAGACAUGUAGCACUUAAUGUCUGGUGCUGGAUGACCCAAUGUUGAUCAGUUUGGAGACCUUUUCCUACUAAUCAUUGUAAACCUUAAAAGGACAAUGUAAUUGGUGCUACACACAAACACACACACACACACACACACACACACACACACAUACACACACACAAAUGUUACAGCCCAGAAACGCAAGUAUUUGGGCGUACGUUGUUUCAGAAUCAGUGUCAGCCCCAGUUGACUGUAUUAUACUGCACAUUCCUUAUGGUUCUGCGACAUAUCUGUUAUGUAAUAACAGCCUAGGAGAUCAACUGAAACUAGCAUGUGUAAAAGUUAACACAAGAGAGAAAAGGUUUCUCUGAAGAGUGUAUAUAUUGACUGGAUGUAUAGCUUAUUUUAAUACCCAAAGGGAAGACUAAACUCAGAGAAAAUGGCCUUCCUCUGAGUUGUUCUUGAUGCUCCCUCUGUUAAAACAGUCUCCUGCAAAAGUUAUGCUCCAGUCCUGAUAACAUGCUUGAAAGCAGAAUCAAAAUUCACUUAAAAUGACCAACUGAACAUUCUGUUUCUUUGGAGGUGUUUGUACUCAUGUGUGUUUGUGCUUCUAUAAAAUGCCUAUAAGCAUUGAACUGUGUGGAUUAGGGUAGAGAUUUUUCUAGAGCUGAAGGUUUUACAGAAAUACAGCUGGCUAGUCCUAGGUCCCUGUCUCUAUGCCUCGGAUUAAAAUCAACCUUAGUGUGAACAUAAACUCAUCCAGUUGAAAAACCUGAUUACUAUGGAUAUUCAGGUUCACUGUAAUCAACCUUUCUUUUUCUCUACAGUUUCAGCUAUGCAGUUAAGAACAGUGUUUGAGCGGAAUGUGGUGCAGCUUUGUUAGUUUGUCCUUGAUAAAGGCUAAUACACAAGACACACACUAUGUUUUGAGCAAAAUCUUUAGCACGUCUUUAAAACACUUAACAAAAUGGACAGUGUAAAACUUGGCUUCAUUGACUCAUGGAACCAAUGGAAGGGAGUUUCAAAAAGCUACAAGACGGUUUUAAAUUCUAAAGACAUUACAGUUUUCAUUCUUAGUAAUUUCAGAAUUUAUGCAUAUACUGUAGGUAAUCCUUUACACAAAAACCUGAUUUUCAAACACCCAGGGUCUACUUUUAUUUUUAUUAUUAUUUCAUUUUUUAAAGGACUUAGACAUUGAUAAAAAUGUGGCAAAACAAUUUGUAAGAAACAUUUCUACUAAACAGGUUAAGCAAUGGGCUAAAUGUUUUGUCUGUGUGCCUAAUGCUUGAAAGGAUUUGUAAUGCAUUUUGUGACUUGGAUGUGGUCUGCACGGGAAGCUGCUGGCCCCUCCACAACACAUAAAAUUUUUGUCUUUUUUUAAGAAGUUAAAACUGAAUUUAAUUUACUAAAACUGUAAUUGUGUAGGGGGAAAUGUUUAUACUUUUAUACUUUUUUAGGUACCCAUAUUUUAUCAGCUUAAAAUGAGCACACAGAUGUCCCCUAAAUAGUGACAUAUUAUCUUGUGUAUCUGAAAAUAAGCAUAACAAUUGUCUGUGUUAGCUGGAUAUUAAAACAUUUCCUCUGCUGCAGUAGUCACUGUGUUUUUAAGCAGUAUGACUCCACCAAAUUCUCUGAGCUCUCUGGCUCAUUGCAGCCAACCAUGUUACUUGUUGUUUUCUUGGUGUGCUCUACAGAGUAAUUCAGCAUUGAUCUAAGUGGAUUUUAAUGCCUAAAAUACCAGUUUUACAGUGAUUCUUCUGAAUCAGCAUUUCUCUUGCCUCUUUUAUUAAACCCAAAAAGGACAGACUGUUUAAUAAAGUAAAAUUUUCCUGAAUGCCAUCAGCAAAGCAUGAGUAACAAACUGAGCAAACUGAACAAAUUUAGAGUAUGUAAAAGAGUGGUUUUUUUCUAAGUAUGUUUUUUUCCCCCCACUGGAAUAUUUUCAGAUUUAAAACCUAGUUCUAUGCUGAGAUUACCUGCAGUUUAAUUUACAUUGUAUCCCUGCCAUAGCUAAUUUUAGGGAAAUUAGUGUUUAAUAUUUUUUGCACUUUGUUUCCAAUAUCUCACAAAGAUUUUAAGAAGGAAAGAAAAGAGAGAAUUUUAGUAAGCAGGUACCUAUAAAUUAUUUUAAAUAUGCUGUUCUUUGAGGCCACCUGAACUAACUACUUUCCUGUUCUUGCUAUUGUCAUUAUUGCUUUAAUUUUCAGAUUAUGUGAGGCUUUCAGAUAGAUGGAAAUACUCUCUUUACCUUUUUUCAAGGCAUUAAGCAUUUAUCCCUAAAUAAGUUUUGUUUCUUUUUGUUUGACUGUUGCAGUUUCAAAUAAAGUUAGUGACAAUAACAAGGUAAUUGCAUUAGAGUCCAAUCUGCAUGACCAGGCUUUGCAAACGUUGCUUCAUCUGUUAAGAUCUUGCAAAGAGGAAGUAAUGUACCUGUACAGUUAAAAUUGGAGUCCUUUGUUCUUUUUCCGCCAUUUGGAGAGUACCUACCUGAGAAUUGUCUGUGACUGUACAGAGCUGAGGGGUUCACUGUCAGGCUGGAACUGCAAAGCUGUGCUGCAAACCACUUGGACUUAACUCUGGACAUACACAGCUCCUCUGUUGUUAAAUCAGAACAAUAUUCCAGGUUAGAAAUUUAGAUCCUGAGUUUGAAAAGAUUGUAGCAGAAGGAAUAAAGCCAGAAGGUAGAGAGAUAAAAUUCCUUAAAGGCACUUACAUUACAAACUUCUUGCAAAACUUGUUUAAAAACAGAAUUUCAAAUUUGCUAUAGCAAUUUCUUGCUUUGAGCUUGGAAACAGCAUAUUGUUGGCCUUAGGUUUUCUCAGAGGCUAUUUUUUCCUUUUUUGGAGUUGCCAUUUUUAUAUUACAUGCUUUUGACAUCUUCAAGCGGCAAGUGAAUCAGAAUUUGUCUGCAAUGAACAAGUAAUUCUGAGGCCUCAAAGGCAUGAAUGUCACAUGGUUCAUAUACUCUGACUCAGCAGCUUCCAGCCUAAAGGUUACCUGGGAUUUUGUCCUACUUACUGUGGGAUUUCCAUGGAUUACAGUUAAUUGCAUUUUUUUAAAUCCCACAGUAAUUUGUGUGUUGAAGACUUGAUUGAAUUUAGAAGCUUUUUUUGAUUCUUUACUAAAGUUUCUAUUGUCACAAUCAUAUACUCAUACAAGUUGGAAAAUGUACCGUGUUUUUUUCAAACUCAGAUUUCCUGUAAUGAUAAAAGUUCCUUUCAUCCUGCCUAAUAGCAUUAGAAGAUAUUUCUUUAAAAAUGAAGCUCAGUGAAUCUGACUUUUUUGUUUUGAGAUUUUCUUUAGACACUAGCUGUGUAGCUCCAUUUCUAGCAGUGUGAAUGCACAGUUAUGAUUGAUUAGAAACAGGACUGUUUCCUGCAGGUUCAAAAAUUGAAUCAAUCUCCUCUUUUUCUGAGGUAUUUUUGGGGUUUUCUUCCAGAAGAAAAAUGAAAACUGGGAGAUUAAACAAAAGAUAACUUGGUUGCAAGCAUGCAACCAAGGGAACAAGUCUGCUAAGUAGGGUGAUAGUGUUACCAGAAAAGUGCUUCUCAUAACAGAACACUAUUCUGUGAAUGUCUGUUGAAGUUGUUGAGAGUUGUCAUCUCUGUUUAAGCUGUAGAGAGCUCCCACCAGCAAAUUAAUAUACAUUAGUUAAAAAAUUUUAUUAUUACUAAAAAAAUGAACAUGGAAUGCAAAAAUGCAGUAGUAUCUGCUUCAGUGGAAUUAAAUAUAAUCUGGAUUAUAAUUAGCCAGGUAUACAGUGUAUUCCUUGGGAAGUACUGGGAGAAGAGUGAAGUUGUCCUGGGCUUUUUGAAGAAGAUGGAAGUCAAAUGAAAGCCUGAAAUCUGGUUUAUUCACUUAAGAUGUGAUAAAAUCAGAAAGUGCCAUUCUCCUGUUUUUAUUCUCUCAGCACAUCAAAAGUUUGAACUUUUUGAAUUAACUUUUUCAAUCAGCCCUUGAACUGUGGGGCUCUUGAAAAGAGAUGAAAUUUUGUUAUGCCUUUAACAGUGUCUGUUAUCUUAAGAGAGUAGCGUUAAAAACUGAGAUUGGAGAAACGUCUUUUCUAACAGUUUUGAAAUACUUAAGCCUGAGGAUGCUGCCUGUUACUUCAUUGUAGUUUAGGUUGCAGCUAUCUCUAGUUUUGAGGACAAUCUUGGGAUCUUAUGUGGGGUUUUGUGUAGAAUUAUUGAUUCUUUAAAUAGUAUGAAUAUUCAGUUUAAAAAAACAACACGGAAUGCUCUCUGAACUCAAUGUCACGCAAGUUUUCUUUUGUUCCACAAAAAUCAGGAGCUGUCUUUAAAAGCUUCUUAAUGAACAGCAGCUUUAAAGGGCUAAAUAGAUCUUAUUGUCCAGUUUGCCUAAAUGACUGACAGAAGGAACUCUUUUCAUUUUCAGACCAAAAAUGCUAAGGGCUAAAAUGCUUUCCAGGGCUCAUUUGAGAUUCAAGAGACAUACAAUUUCUAAAAAACAACUAGUCCAUUUCAACUCAUGGACUCUAAAAUAUUUUUUACAAAUGUCUGAACCAAUUGCAUAUGUAAGUGUUCCUAUAUGGCUUGGAUUUUCAGUAUCCAGAUGGGGUAAGAGCACACUAGAGAAGACAGUACACUUACUGUCCACUUUAUUAUUGCCUUUGCUGAAAUAUAACAACUUUUAUGAACAGCACUGGUAAUAGAGAAGCUUUGAGGAAGAUUCUGCCCCAGGAAAUUGUCACAGAAUAUUUCUUUGCAACUUAGUUGAACUUUACUUAAUGAUGUCUACCAAGGCAUAAACUUCUCAGAAGUUCAGUGAGUAGAUACUUCUGCAAAUACAGCUUUCUGGAGGCUGUCUGGAAAGACAUUUCACAAUAACUUGAGGAUAUUGUAUCUUAAUAAGUACUAUAACAAGAGAAACUUUUUUUAAAGUCAUUUUGCUACUUUGGGGGUGAGUGGAAAGGGAAGAGGUUCUGUGACAGAGCUCUCCUUGCCUUAGAAAGCUAAGCCUAAAUUUUGACCCAAGACCUGUUGUGAUUUUGAGGCCUUGUCAUCUGAAAUGAGUAAAGAGUAAGAAUAAAAGUAUUUAUUAUCUACAUGAUUCUUGCUACUUUUGAAGAUUCUCCAAAAGCUUAUGCACAACUUUACUCACAUUAACUUGGCUCAUGUGUACUUGCUAGAAAGAAGCAAGUGCCAAGGCCCUCUUAAAAGGAAUGUUACCAACCUCUCUACUGGAAUUAGAUCACCGGACUGAAGCAGUAUCAAAUGGCAGCUUUUUCCACCUGCUUCUUACCUCAACCUAGCUGUGAGAAAUCAACUUCCUGUGCACUCUUUAGGAUCACCUACGCAAUUCAACAUUUUUUUUCUUUUUAACCUUUCCCUCCAAAUCACUGGUCUCAAAAUUAGUUGUGCAUCAGCUGUUUGUGCUUAUACCCAAGUGGCCAUACUUGCAACAUGUCAUUUCCUGGAUAGUGGAUUAGCAAUAACACUUUAUUUUGUGCCAAUUCAUUAUCUCUGAAGUGUUCUUACUGCAGCAAAAUUUGAGUUGGGAUUUGGUUUUAAUGCAUUUGCAUUAACCAAAACUCAUAGCACAGACACUAGACAAGAAACUGAAGAAACUGAAAUUUCCAGGGAAAUUUCCCUGGAAAAAAAUCUGCUAGGGCUUCCCAAAUAAUUUGAAGGUGGUUACAGUUAACCAUCACUUUCAAAACAAACAAAUGAAAUGUGUAUGGGUAUUUUUUUAACUUCCUUUUCAUAACACUAGUGUAUUGUAAAUUGCAUGAAAUAAACCUGUUUUUUCCCUUUUAA